GAUGCUUACAGCGGUAGAUACUCUACACUUUGCAGAGAGCGAGUGGUAUUUGAAAACAGAUAAUUUGGAAGAAUCGUGAGGUAAUGAUGUUCGGAAACAGAUUGGAAGAGUGAGAUAAUGAAGUAGUGUUGGUAAUUUGUAGGUAUACUUGAGCACGGGCUUCGCCUGAAACUUUAGUUGUGAGAGCAGUGUUCCCCAUUCUUCUCGUGAAUGUAAGAAAACACCUUCAGAAUCCAGAUGCAGUGAUUCUCUUCAUCACGAUUUUGUGUCAUGGCAAGGAUCUCAAAAGCACCAAAUAAAAAAUAAAAUUGUAAAUGGAAAGGGGAUUGUGUUUGUGUACCUCUGCAUUGCCACCUCAUCCAUUCGUUUCCACUUCUAACAAAUUCCACCACUAUCUUCUCUCGGCUAUUUAAUCUCUACACUUCCAUUCAGGGUUUCAAUUCCAGGUUCCACAUUCUCAAUUCUCGUUAAGUGUGGGAGAGAGAGACUGAAAAUGCCUGCGGAGAAGUCGAACAGUUGCGACACCGAAGUGGAGGCGUUUGUGGAGGUUGAUCCGACGGGAAGGUUUGGGCGUUACAACGAUCUUCUCGGUUGUGGAGCUGUGAAGAAGGUUUACAGAGCUUUUGAUCAGGAGGAAGGAAUUGAGGUGGCGUGGAAUCAGGUUCGGCUCAGGAAUUUCAGCGAAGACCCUGUUCUCAUCAAUCGCCUUCAUUCUGAGGUUGAGUUGCUCAGAACGCUCAGCAACAAGUACAUCAUCGUCUGUUACAGUGUGUGGAAGGAUGAGGAACGCCACAACAUCAAUUUCAUCACUGAGAUUUGCACUUCCGGCAACCUCAGGGAUUACCGCAAGAAGCACCGCCAUGUCUCCAUUAAGGCUUUCAAGAAGUGGUCCAAACAGGUCCUUGAGGGGUUGGAAUAUCUUCACACUCAUGACCCAUGCAUCAUUCACAGGGAUCUCAAUUGCAGCAACAUCUUCGUUAACGGCAACAUUGGCCAGGUGAAAAUUGGUGAUCUUGGAUUGGCUGCAAUAGUGGGACGGAACCAUGCUGCACAUUCAAUUUUAGGAACACCUGAAUACAUGGCACCGGAGCUGUAUGAGGAGGAUUACACUGAGAUGGUGGACAUAUACUCUUUUGGAAUGUGUUUGCUUGAAAUGGUUACAAUGGAGAUACCCUACAGCGAAUGUGACAGUGUGGCGAAGAUCUACAAAAAGGUCACCAAGGGAAUUAAGCCUCAGGCUUUGAGCAAAGUCACAGAACCAGAGGUGAAGGAAUUCAUUGAGAAAUGCAUUGCACAACCAAGGGCAAGACCUUCAGCCACAGAUCUCCUUAAGGAUCCUUUCUUUUAUGAACUCAACAACGAUGAAGAAUCAACACCAAUAAUUUGAUAAUGUUUGAGACCCUUUUGUCCAAUUCAACAACUUUUUACUUCCAAUCAAAGUAUAUGUUCGUAUUCCAUUCUGAUAGUUGCUUAGUAGAUGCAUUUCUGCUUCAGUUUCACUAUAUCUGUAUUGUACAGGACUUCCUCAGUGAACUGAAAGUACCAAUCAACCCAGUUGUAGUUUUUUCAGCGGAUUCCCUC